CAACACUCGUGACCCCCAUGUUCUGUCACGACUUACUUCUGCAAUCAUGCAUGAAGGAGUUUAGCUCUCGAGCUCUGCUCUGGCUGGCUAUCUGUCGCUUUAAGAGCGAUUUCCCCCCAUUGUCAAGCAGUCGUGAGCAGGAAGGGUGAAACGAAACCAGAGACCGAGCUAGGGGGGCCGAGCUGGUAUUUAAAAACACGACGCAGCCGCUCAAUAACGGAACCGCGGUAACGUUCAUUCUCAGAAUAGAGCGCGCCAGGGAAGAAGGGCAUAAAAAUACGCACUGAAGAGGAGGAGGAGGGGGAGACUCAAUCAAGCAACAUUUGAUGAUUUUAAUUCAUCUAGGGUUUGAAGACCUGUAGACAGUCGCAAUGGAAUAAUAAAAAAAAAUCACUUAUGAAAGACGAAGGCUACACAGAAUUUCACCGCGGUUUCUCAAUUGCCUGAGGAAAUGUUCAGAAUUGCCUCCAUCACUGAAAAUGCGUCACAUGUCAUGAUGAUCUUCGUUGGAUUUAGAGCUGCUGAUGGAAAUGAUGUCAUAUAAAAUGAAGGUUAAUUCCGCGCGCAACUGACAUCUAGGGCUACAUUAUAUCAGAGCAGGUGCAGUGUGUGUCCCUUCGACGGUAACCCUUAUACGCGUGAUCUGAAUAUUUAACCGUGAACGUGGCGCGAGCCUUAAAGCCUGCAAGUCGGGAUCACAGAGAAGAGAAGCGGGAUCUAUAACGACUUGAUGUCAACCUGAGAAGUAUUACAUACUGGGAAAAUGUCAUCUGCAAUUGAAAGGAAGACGAUGGAGGCUAACGAGGAGCCUGUGGACGAGGUGUUACAGAUGCCCCCGUCCCUCCUGAACUGUGGGGGGUGCCAGCAGAGCAUCGGGGACAGGUUCUUCCUGAAGGCCAUAGAGAAGUACUGGCACGAGGACUGUCUGAGCUGUGACCUGUGUGGCUGCAGGCUGGGAGAGGUGGGCCGAAGGCUCUACUACAAACUGGGACGAAAGCUCUGCCGCAGAGACUACCUCAGGCUGUUUGGACAGGACGGACUGUGUGCUAGCUGUGAGAAGAGGAUCAGAGCGUUUGAGAUGACCAUGCGUGUGAGGGACAAGGUCUACCACCUGGAGUGUUUUAAAUGCGCGGCCUGCCAGAAACACUUCUGUGUCGGGGACCGUUACCUGCUCAUCAACUCAGACAUUGUGUGUGAGCAGGACAUCUUUGAGUGGACCAAACUCAACAACAACAUGGUUUAGUAGAUUGUAGAACACUCUAGAACAUUCUACAACACUCUAGAACACCUCAAAAACAUGGUGUAGAACACUCUAGAACAUUCUAGAACACCACAACGAUGAGGUGGUUUUUGAUUGUGAUCGUGAUCUCUCCAUUUGGGAUCAACAGCAUGACAAUAUAUCUCAAGAUGUACAGCAAGAUAAUGGAUCUCAAGCUUUUGUACAUUUUGUAGCCACAUACAGGCUCUCUUGUACUUCUCAUAUUUGUUAGAUGUUUGAAGAGUUGUUUCACCAUUGGGUCUGUACUGGAGACAAAAUGAAGGCUUGAUCCACCAGCGAAGGGAGAAAUAUUACAAUAUCUUGGGUUCUACCCUUUCAAUGCAAAAAAAGGAAAAUGUAUACAUGCAAUAAUCCAUGUGCUCAUUGCAGAAAUCUCAAUAUUUCUUGCAUGAAACAGUGUAAUACAGAUUUGCUCAUUGAGCUAAAUGAUGAGCGAUGUAACUGGAAUUUGUUGUAGUCCAACACUGUUGUUUCACCUCUCUAGAGAAAUAAGUAUUAUGACAUUUGUGAUGAAUAUAUAUAUAAAGUGUUAUGUCCAAAAAUGUCGAGGCCAUUCCGAAUUAAUACAUUCAUACAGUAAAGGUGUACUUGGGGAGUCCACAUGUGCCCCCUAGUGGUCAAGGGGAAAGCUUGCAGUAUUAUUUCAAUAGGACUGAAAGACGUUCAUGAGACAAGUUUUCAAUGUUUGUGUUUUGUUUUUGUAACUUUUGUGUUCUUUCAAUAUGCUCUCAAACACGUUGGGAUAUUUGUUAUAUAUAUAUCUGUUUAAUUCAACCCUCAUUAAAAUAUGUUACAUUUA